UUUUUUUAGCACUGUGUGCAGUAGUUUGAAACGCCAAAGAAAUAUCUGUGAUAUGGAAUCCAACUAUACAUCUAGACCCUCUCGAUUAGAGAAGCAAGAAGAGUUUGAAGUCGAAGAGGAAGGUUUUAUGCUAUCUCCUGUCACCAUACAAAUAGAAGAUAGAGGUAAUAACCAAGGAGAGGAAUAUCAAGAUGCAAAAGCGAAAGACAGCUUGUAUGCUUUUGAUUUGUAUGAACAGAGCAGUCAGGGAGGGAAAACAAGUAAUCCAGACCUUUCUCCUGAUUCUAUGGAUAGGUUAUCAGACUCCAAGCCUGAAAGAAGAAAAGCAUCAAGCCGAGUUAAGCUGUUAGUCCGAAGCCAUGCUGUUCACGAUGAUGCAUCUCCUCCACCUGACCUCGAGACUGUCAUUGCAAAUACUAAUAUGCUGAGUGUCACAAAUGCAUCAUCUUUCUCCACACAGACUCUAUCUAAAGGUGCUACCAAUAAGAUCCGUUUAGGGAAUCAGAGUAGUUCACAAGGGAGUACAGAGAGUUCUUCUGCUUCAGGAUUAUCCAGAGAUUCUAGCACUGAAACAUAUACAGAUUCAUCUGGUGUUGAUCUUCAACAAUUUAUUGUGGACACUCUUCAUAAGAACCAGAAAGAUCGAUUGAUGCUUUUGAAAGUUGAGCAGGAGCUGAUACUUUUAAUUAAAGAUAACAAAAGGCAGAGUAUGAAGUUUCCUCAGAUGAGUUCAUACAACAGAAUGCUUGUGCAUAGAGUUGCUGCUUACUUUGGAUUAGAUCAUUAUGUAGAUGGAAAUGGAACAGCUGUCAUUGUGAAUAAAACAAAAACAACUCGAAUACCCGAUUCCCGUUUCCAGGAUUUAAUAAGGGAUGAACUUUUACCUGAAGAACCAAAAAAGUCCAUCUUAAAACGUGACAGCAUAUCUUUUGAAGAAGGAAAAGAGCAGAAGAGCCCAGAGCGGCAGUCCUCUACUGAUAGUAGACGUAGCAAAUCAUUUGAAGAACGAGAGGAAGAAUACGAGAAGGCACGAGCAAGAAUAUUUAAUCAGGAUGUAAGCAUGAUUCUCUAAUGUUGCCUUAAUAUUUUGAACAACAAAUAUGUAUGAGUAUCAAAUUCUGAAUAUCAUGUUUGUAAUAUUUGUACGUAAACAUUUGCUCAUUAGAUUUAUUUGAGCAUGUAGUAAUUCCUUGGAAAAAAAAAAAUAACUUGCUUUAGGAUGUAAAAUCAUGUU